AUGGACGGCGUGCAGUUGCGAGAUGAGGCAGCACAGGAUCGGAUCCGUGCUGCCACAGAGUUUCUUGAUCCUAGUGAUCCACGAGCGCGAAGCUAUCGAGCGGAGAUUGUGGUGAUGCUGAAUCGAGGAUUGCGUCGCUUGACUGUUAGCAUUGACGAAAUCCGUGCUCACAACCGAGAACUCGCCGAAGGGCUCUUGACCUCUCCAUUCGACUAUUCGGAAGCUUUCGACCGCGCCUUGAAAGAUGUGGUGAAGGCCCUCCCGGCGGCAGGACGGCCCAGGGAUACGUCUGACGAAGUGAAUUAUUAUUGUGCUUAUGUUGGAGCGUUUGGAGAGUUUUCCUGCAACCCGCGCACGUUAGGGUCCCAACAUUUAAAUCGCAUGGUGUCUCUUGAAGGAAUUGUGACAAAAUGCUCACUUGUCCGCCCUAAGAUUAUUCAGAGUGUUCACUACAGUGAGAAGAAGGAUCGCUUCCUCUCGAGAAGGUACCGUGACCAGACAAUGACCGCCAGCGGCGCCACAAGCUUGAAUGUUUACCCCCAAGAAGACGAGGAAAAGAACCCUUUGACUACCGAGUACGGCUACUCGACAUACAUGGACCACCAAUCGAUCUCUAUCCAAGAGAUGCCAGAGAGAGCGCCAGCUGGUCAACUUCCUCGCAGCGUUGAUGUAAUUUUGGAUGAUGACCUCGUCGACAAAGCCAAACCCGGUGAUCGAAUUCAGCUGGUUGGUAUCUACCGUACCCUCGGAAACCGCAACGCUGGCUCCGGCUCCUCAACCUUUCGCACCAUCGUGAUGGCAAACAAUAUAAUUCAACUCUCCUCAAAGAGCGGCGGCGGUAUCGCCCAGGCGACCAUUACAGACACCGAUAUCCGCAACAUCAAUAAAGUUUCCAAGAAGAAGAACGUGUUCGAGCUUCUAUCGCAGUCACUUGCUCCUAGUAUUCAUGGGCAUGACUACAUCAAAAAGGCCAUUCUGCUUAUGCUUCUUGGUGGUAUGGAGAAGAACUUGGAUAAUGGAACCCAUUUGCGUGGUGACAUCAAUAUCCUCAUGGUCGGUGACCCGUCCACUGCAAAGUCUCAACUCCUUCGUUUCGUUUUGAACACCGCUCCUCUCGCUAUUGCGACAACUGGUCGAGGUUCGUCCGGUGUCGGGUUGACUGCUGCUGUUACCACCGACAAGGAGACUGGCGAACGUCGUCUAGAAGCCGGUGCCAUGGUCCUCGCUGACCGUGGUGUGGUCUGUAUUGAUGAGUUCGACAAGAUGAGUGAUGUCGAUCGUGUUGCCAUCCACGAAGUUAUGGAACAGCAGACUGUCACUAUCGCUAAGGCUGGAAUCCAUACUAGCCUGAACGCACGAUGCAGUGUUCUUGCCGCUGCUAACCCUGUCUUCGGCCAAUAUGACCCACGGAAGGAUCCCCACAAGAACAUUGCUCUGCCUGAUUCCCUUCUCUCCCGUUUUGACUUGCUGUUCGUCGUGACCGAUGAUAUUGAGGAUACCAAAGAUCGGACGGUCUCCGAGCACGUCCUGCGCAUGCACAGAUACCGUCAGCCUGGUACUGAAGAGGGUGCGCCUGUGCGUGAGCAGCAGAAUCAAACACUUGGAGUUGGUAUCGAGGACCGCCAAGAUGCAAACCAACCCACAGAAGUAUUUGAGAAGUUCAAUAUCAUGCUCCACGGCGGCAUGAUUAACACUGGUCGCAACCGUGGAAAGAACGUUGAAAUCAUCAGCAUCCCCUUCGUCAAGAAGUACAUUCAGUACGCCAAGUCUCGAAUCAAGCCUGUCCUUACCAAGGGUGCUGCCGACCACAUCAUCGGCACUUACUCUGCCCUUCGAAACGAUGAAAUGUCUGGUAACCAGCGACGCACAUCUCCAAUCACCCCUCGUACCCUUGAGACCUUGAUUCGUUUGUCAACUGCUCAUGCUAAGGCCCGCUUAUCCAAUCGUGUCGAUGAGAAAGAUGCGAAGCACGCUGAAGCCAUUCUCCGUUUCGCCAUGUUCAAGGAGGUUGUGGAAGAUGAGCGCCGCAAGCGCCGUAAGGUGACGACCUUUGACGAAGACUCAGAGGACGAAAGUGAUCCUGAGCUUGAUGACGAUGAAGAAGAUGACACCCGCCAUACCCAACCCUCUACCACCGCAGGACGCACUACGACCCGGUCUCGCGGUGCAGCAAGCAGUGCCACUGUAGAGGUACCAAGCCAAAGCACUGCUAGCCCGAGUGCAACACGCAGUAGCCGGCGUAACCAGACUGAUUCACAGAUGUCUGUUGCCUCGUCUCAGCCUGCUUCGCAUCUUGUCGAAUCGCAGACCGACACACAGUCGACCUCUGCGUCCGAUCCUCCCAUCACCCCUGCCCGUCUGACGGUCUUCCAGCAGGCUCUGGGUCCUCUCAUGGGCACCCGGGUCUUCAAUAAUGGCGAUGAGCACAAUGUCAACGAUCUAAUUACUGCAGUGAAUGAUGCAGUUCGUACAAGCCAUGGAGCUGCUCAUGUGUUCUCGCAACCCGAAGCCUUCCAGGCCCUGCGUAAGAUGAACGAGGAGAACCGAUUAAUGUUCCUUGAGGAUGAAGAGAAUGUCUAUCGCAUUUAG